AUGGCAAACGAAUGCGACACAGUGACGCGUGAGCAGUGGAAAAAGGAACAAUUGGACCUCAAGAAACAAUUGAUCGAGAUAGAUAGCGCACAUUGGCAUCUUCAUCCAAAUGUAGACAAUGCAAUCCAGACAAACGAAAUCACCACGACCUCUAAAGUAUUAACAAUAGUCGCUGGAGUGGAUAUUAGUUUUCUAAAAGGGUCGGAAGAACACGCUUGUGCGUCCAUUGUAGUGCUCAAUUACCCGUCACAAACUGUCCUGUAUGAGGCGUUUACAUAUGUAUCACUACCAGCACCGUAUAUGACCGGGUUCUUGGCCUUCCGGGAAGUUCCAGCUUUGAGAAAACUGUAUCAUGAUCUACGACGUCGCUGUCCAGAUCUCGUGCCUGACGUGACGCUAGUGGACGGUAAUGGAGUCUUGCAUCCACAAGGUUUUGGUCUAGCCUCUCACUUUGGUGUGCUUGAGAACAUUCCUACCAUUGGUAUUGGUAAGACCUUUCUUCAUGUUGAUGGACUGACAAAGACUGAUGUAAAAAGCCUCGUGAUCAGAGCUCGUAAAGAGCACCAGAAGAUUGUCAAGCUACAAGGAAAGUCUGGGAAGGUCUGGGGUGCUGCGGUGUGCUGCACAGCUGGUGUGAAGAAUCCCAUCUACGUGUCUGUGGGGCACAUGCUGUCCCUAGAUACAAGCAUAGCAAUAGCUCGAGCUUGCUCCCAUUAUCGCAUUCCUGAACCAAUACGCCAAGCUGACCUUCGUUCUCGACAAGUGAUUCGACAGUGGGAAAGCGCAAACGCCGUCAACACUUCUCUAGAUCUUUUCCAUGUGUAUUAG